CAUCGUCCGACAUGGCAACUCAAUCAUUCCUUAAUAGGAAAAAUAUAGAUAAUUGAUAGCGUUAGGAAUAAUUUUAUUUCACUCAAAUAAGCAAACACUAAAUAUAAAUUUCCUAACAAAUAUUUAUUCGAAUGAUAGGACAAUGAGCGUUAUUGUCGCGGGGGACACUGAUUACGGCGGCCAACCUGACCCCGUCUUGAACCGAGAUAAAUCAGAACAAACAACAACCACUCAGCUGCCGACAGCUGACUAAAACACACCACAACCUGAUGAAGACCGAGGAAAACGGAGAGGGACAAGAAAACCGCAAGAAGAGCUUCAAUCACCCGAGCCCGAGAAUGCCGAACAUCAAAGUCUUCACCGGGAGCUCCCAUCCCGAUAUCGCACAAAAAAUCGCAUCCAGACUCAACCUUCACCUCGGCAAAGCCAUCACCAAGAAGUUCAGCAACAAAGAGACUAACGUCGAAAUAGGCGAAUCUGUCAGAGGUGAAGACGUCUACAUCGUCCAAAGCGGCUGUGGAGAAAUAAAUGACAAUCUAAUGGAGUUAUUCAUUAUGAUCAACGCUUGCAAAAUUGCAUCAGCGUCAAGAGUGACAGCAGUCAUCCCAUGUUUCCCCUACUCCAGGCAAGACAAAAAAGAUAAAAGCCGAGCUCCAAUCACGGCUAAACUGCUCGCAAAUUUAACGUCGGUAGCAGGUGCUGAUCAUGUCAUCACUAUAGAUCUGCACUCAUCGCAAAUUCAAGGUUUCUUCAACAUUCCUGUUGAUAAUUUAUACGCCGAACCAGCCAUCACGAAAUGGAUCAAAGAAAACAUACCUGAAUGGAGGAGCAGUGUCAUGGUUUCACCAGACGCUGGCGGUGUGAAAAGAAUGACAGGAAUCGCUGAUAGACUUGACAUUGAUUUUGCAAUUAUCCACAAAGAGAGACAAAGGGCUAACGAAGGGGACUCCACAGUUCUCGUUGGAGAUGUUAGGAACCGUACGGCGAUCAUGGUUGAUGACUUGGCUGAUACCUGUGACACAAUAGUGAAAGGUGCUGAGAAGCUUCGAGAGGCUGGUGCUAGUAAAAUCUACGCUAUACUAACUCAUGGAGUGUUCGCUGGGAACGCUAUUGAGAAGAUAAACGCUUCGUGUUUGGAAGGGAUUGUGGUGACAAAUACGAUACCUCAGGAGAAGCACAUGAAAUUGUGUCCUAAAUUGCAAACAAUUGAUAUAUCUGUGAUGCUGGCGGAGGCAAUAAGACGUACGCAUUACGCAGAAUCCGUUUCUUAUUUGUUCAAUAAUGUGCCAUAUUAAUUUUAUGGGUGCCAUCUUAAAAAAUAUCGUCUUGCAUUUCAACUUGUGCGAUUAAUUAUAUAUUUUUUACUGUUUUAUUUGAUAAAAGUUCGUUAUAUUUUUUU